GGGCCCGGCCUGCUCCGCCCGCCCGGGCCGGAGCGUCGCCCCCUUAGGCAGCGGUCCUUAAAUAAGGGCAGCGCAGGCCAGCGCCCAGCUUGGCGGCCUGCUUGGCGCCCGACCUCCGCGAGCAACCAUGGUUGCAAUCAAGAAAAUCUGCUGUAUUGGUGCCGGUUAUGUUGGUGGGCCGACAUGUAGUGUCAUUGCACAGAUGUGCCCUAAAAUAAAGGUUACGGUUGUGGAUGUCAAUGAAGCUAGAAUCAAUGCCUGGAACUCUGAUAGGCUUCCAAUUUAUGAGCCAGGGCUAAAAGAAGUAGUAGAGUCUUGUCGAGGACGGAAUCUCUUCUUUUCCACUGGUAUUGAUGAUGCCAUUAGAGAAGCUGAUCUGGUAUUUAUUUCUGUUAAUACUCCAACAAAGACUUAUGGAAUGGGAAAAGGUCGGGCAGCUGACCUGAAGUACAUUGAAGCAUGUGCUAGACGGAUUGUACAGCACUCAAAUGGUUAUAAAAUUGUCACUGAGAAAAGCACAGUCCCAGUACGUGCAGCAGAGAGUAUUCGUCGGAUAUUUGAUGCCAAUACAAAACCAAAUUUGAAUUUGCAGGUAUUGUCCAACCCAGAAUUCCUAGCAGAAGGAACAGCUAUACGGGACCUCAAGAAUCCAGAUAGAGUGCUGAUUGGUGGAGAUGAGACUGAAGAAGGACAGAAAGCAGUCCAUGCUCUAUGUGCUGUAUAUGAGCAUUGGGUGCCCAAGGAGAAAAUCAUCACAACCAACACCUGGUCAUCAGAGCUUUCUAAACUAGCAGCUAAUGCUUUCCUUGCCCAGAGAAUCAGCAGCAUUAACUCAAUCAGUGCUUUGUGUGAAGCUACAGGAGCAGAUGUUGAAGAAGUAGCAAGAGCCAUUGGAAUGGACCAAAGGAUUGGAAAUAAGUUUCUGAAGGCCAGUGUUGGAUUCGGUGGUAGCUGUUUUCAGAAGGAUGUCCUGAAUUUAGUUUAUCUUUGUGAGGCAUUGAACUUACCUGAAGUAGCUCGUUAUUGGCAGCAGGUAAUAGACAUGAAUGACUAUCAGAGACGACGAUUUGCUUCCCAUAUCAUUGACAGUUUGUUUAACACUGUCACUGACAAGAAGAUUGCUAUUUUAGGAUUUGCAUUUAAAAAAGACACGGGAGACACAAGAGAGUCUUCCAGUAUCUACAUCAGCAAGUAUCUAAUGGAUGAAGGAGCAAAACUCCAUAUAUAUGAUCCUAAAGUGCCAAGGGAACAAAUCAUCCUGGAUCUCUCGCAUCCAGGCGUCUCGGAAGAUGACCAAGUGUCUCGGUUGGUCACUAUUAGUAAAGAUCCAUAUGAAGCCUGUGAUGGAGCUCAUGCCAUUGUGAUCUGCACUGAGUGGGACAUGUUCAAGGAGCUGAAUUAUGAGCGCAUUCACAAAAAGAUGCUGAAGCCAUCUUUCAUCUUUGAUGGUAGAAGAGUUCUUGAUGAUCUUCAUAAUGAGCUACAAGUCAUUGGCUUCCAGAUUGAAACAAUUGGGAAGAAAGUUUCAGCAAAAAGAAUUCCUUUUGCUCCUUCAUGUGAAAUUCCAAAGUUCAGUCUUCAGGACCCACCUGUCAAAAAACCCAGAGUAUAAUGUUUUUUGACAGGGACUCUGUGGACCUCCACUUUUAAACUAAACCAUUCUGAUGAUUUUUUUUUUUUUCUUUAAACUACAAAUGAUUUUACACUAGACAUGAUGGUAACUGUGGUACAUGUGAAUCCACAAUCUAUUUUUAAUCUCUAUUUUUUAUAAUAUGUAACUCAGUUAUCGAAGAUGGUACAGUCCUAAGCAGUUUUAGUAAUCAAUCAUGUUUUUCUGAAAAUUAACCUGUCUGCUUUAGAAAUGUUCAGAAGGUGCACUUUACAUUUUACAGAUUAUGCAAAGGACAAGGAGUGAACAGAAUCGUUCUCUUCUUCCUUCUGCCCAAUAAAGGUGGUCAAUUUCAUUGGUUUUGAUUAUGAUAAUCUGACUCAGAUGAAUAUUGUCAUUUUGGUCAAUUAACAAACUUCCGCUGAAGUCAGUGUACAAACCCAAAACUACUUUAAUUGGAGUUGGGUCAGGUACUUCAACAAAAUAGAGACCUGAUUUUUAACAAUGAAGCUGAGAUCAACUGGGAUUUCUGGGCUCAAAUGCAAUAUGAAUAUUUUUUUAUAGUGUUAGGGAGCCAGAUCCUUGUUUGUUCUUAAUUCUUUGAGUUUGUAACAAUAGUCUGUUUAAACCUGCCAAGUCAUUACUGAUUGCCUAAUUAUCUUGGCUUUGUCAUGUAUACAAUGCAUUAUCUAUUUUUAAUUGUAAAUUAUGGAUUUAAUUAGACUUCUUCCGACAAGAUACAGUGGUACUAUCUCAUUGCUUUACCAGGGGAGCAGUUUUUUUUUUUUCCUUUUUCCUCCUGUUUCAAGCAUUGGAUUUAAGAAUUGUUUUCAGUAAAAUCCUCCUCCUUCAUUUAUGUUUAACCAACAUAAGUCUAAAUGAAAAAGCUUAAACCUGAGUGAAGCAAAUGCUGACAAGGAGCUGGAUGAUUGCUGGUUCUCUUCUCUCUCCUGCUGCCAUACUUGAACUAGAAGAAGACCUUCCACUUCUGCAUCUACCUGAAUUCUCUUGAUCUUGAAGUAUUUGAAACCAUAAAGCAAUCAGCUUGCUACCUCAUUUUGAUUACCAGGCUUAACUCCAUGUGUGCCCUUGAUAUUUGUUUCUACUUGUUACUUUGUCCUAGUGGACCAGAAUUAUUAAAUGCUUUUCUAGUCAAAAAGUU